CUUUGCAAUGGGCAGGGAGGCACUCCUGCGGACCAGCCCCGGAGGGAAUGGCACAACAGCUGGCAAAUCGUGGCUGUGGCGGCAGCAGCUGGCUUCAUCCUGAGCCACGUUCAUCCUUUUGAAGCAGGGACUAUCGAUGGGUACAAAUGCACAGGGUACAGGAGCCAGGAUAAAUCCUUCUGUGUGGAGGGUGCUUUGAACCACAUUUUCACACGGAGCACAGCACCCCCGUGUUUCACACCCAUGAGCUGCCAGACACAACUGGGAAGCCAAAAAGUUUCUUUUCAAGUGCCCCAGAUCCUCGUGGAUAAAAUUAAUAGGGGUUUCCUUGAAGUUAAUUCAAGUCAUCCAGUAAGGACAAUAAAGGAGGAGCUGAGUGCAGGGCUCAGCCAAGUUUUUCCCCUGCAGAACAUCAGCUCCUGCCUUCCUCUGCUCCACCAAGGGCACCCCAGGGGCGUUUGCCACUCCAGCAUCUUCUGGAUCACCCUGAGCCCAGGGGAGGCUCCAAGCACUGAGGAAAUGUCUCAGGGACUGGCAGAUGCAGUUCUGUGUUCCCAUUUUGGCCAGGACACGGAUGAGAAUGUACAGGAAGGAUGCUCAGUGCCAAAGCAGUUUUACCUUAGGCUUUCCCUCCUGCCUCGUGCUCAGGCAAUAAUUCAAAAAAGAACUUUUUCCCCAGGGACUCUUCACGUUCUCUCCGGGCCAGUUUUUAGGAAAUGUCGGAUCACUCCCCACUCCAUGCCUGUCUUCCACGAGAUGCUGCUUGUGCUUGCAGUUCGCAGGGGCACGGAGCACAGCUGUAUCCAGAUGUUGGUGGAGAACAUUAAAACCACCGUGAAUUCCCUUCACCGGGGUGCUUCUGGCGUCAAACCCAGCAUCAGCCUGCAGGAAGCCACAAGUUUUGGAGCUGAGCUAAAUGACUUUGCUGCUUUUGAAUGGCAGCUUGGUGAAAUUCAGCAUUUCCUCUGCGUGGGGACAGACACAGAGCCCUCGGGCUCCUGCGUGGGGGUUAUCAGGACAGCUCCUGAGGAGUUAAAAAGCCAGGAGCUGGGUGUUGUCUCAGCCUCGCUGAACCUGGACCUCCUGGCCAUGCUGCUGUGCGGAAUAUCCGACUGGAGGAUGCUCUGGACGUGGGACAGGCGCUUCCUCAGGCAGUUUCCUCAGGGAGAGUUGAGGCUUUUCAAGAGUUUCUCCCUCUAUCCACCUUCCUACGUGCACGACGUCAGCUUCUGGGUUCCUGACGGGGAGGACUUUGAUGAAGUGGCUUUUCACAGCCUUGCCAGGAGGGUGUCGGGUGAAAUGGUCGUUUCCAUCCAGCUGAGGGACAAUUUCCAGCAGCCAGGGACGGGACGGAGGAGCCUGUGCUACAGGGUGACUUUCCAGUCCUGUGACAGAGCCUUGGGCUGCCGGGAGGCUGCAGAGAUGCAGCUGCGCUUUCGGGAGGAAAUCCAGCAACACCUGGGUGUGACCCUGAGGUAGAACAUCUCCCGUGCUUUGCAGGGGCUCCAGCAGCUCCUGUGCUCCUUUCUGACCUGGAAAACAUCACCUGCGUGUGUGGGACCUAACACUGUGCUGUUGCAGUGCCUGUCACAAGGGCAGGGUGGACUUGGAGCACACAUUUGAGUGUGAGAGUUCCUGUUAAUGAGGGCCAAGCGCUCCUGUUCCGUGUGCAUGUCAUGAAACCUUUUAUAAAGUGGACUCUCUCUUUCCUAGGGUCCUGUGAGAGUGGAUUCGAUCUCUUUACUGGUGCAAAUUCCUCCUGGUGUCCACCCAAACCUGUUCCCUCUCCUGUCCCUGUACCUGGGAGCAGAGCCCGACCCUGGCUGGCGCUCCUGUAGGGGCUGUGCAGAGCCACAGGGUCAGCCCUGAACCCCCUUUUCUCCAGGCUGAGCCCCUUCCCAGCUCCCUCAGCUGUCCUGGGGCUCCAUUCCCUUCCCAGCUCCGUUCCCUUCCCUGGACACGCUCCAGCCCCUCCAUAUCCCUCCUGUGCCGUGCUUCCCCCAUCUCCUGAUCAGAGCAGGAGCCAAAUAAACAACAUUUUCCAU